AGAGGGACGGGAGCGGGGUAGGGGCAGCCCUUUCCCAGGCGGUAGCGGGGGCGGUGGUGCUGUUGCCCUUUUAAGCUGCGGCUUGACAGGAGCAGCACCUCCUGUCGGUGGAGUCUGUUACAAGGGGAGCAGCCGCCCAGGCCGCCACACAGCUCCCCGCAGAGGCCUCGGUGCCCCUUGCCAUUUUCCAGCCCUACUCCGACUAGAGUCCAGGCAGCGGGGAGAGGCGGAGCCGCGAGAGCGCCGCCGAGAGGUCCCGCGGGUGGUCGCGGCCAUGACAGCGGCUUCCGACCGGCUCACCUUCCGCGCCCCUCCCGCCAGAGUCAGGUUUUCCUUGUUCCCGCAUGUUCAGCCAAUCGUGUUUAAGGAGAAACUAACAAUGAAAACGGACUCCUUGAUGGAGGAAAAGUUGGAAUGCAGCCUCUGGUGCUGUUUGAGCGAUCUCUCUAUCCCGGGUCGCUGCUGUGUUCUGGAAAGGCGCAUUGUACCCUGGAUGCAGCAGCUUCAUCAGCAAUGGAAGUGGUUGAUAUGUGGACUCUGCAGAUUAUAUAACCUUCCUAAGCACCCGAAUGUUGAGAUGCCAGAUCAACCACUACCCAUGGGUCAGAAUGGGACAACAGAAGAAGUGACUUCAAAAGAAGAGGAAGAAGAAGAGAUGGAUGAAGAUAUAGAAGACUUAGGUCACUAUGAGAUGAAAGAAGAGCCUACUAGUGAGAAGAAGUUGGAGGAUGAAGGAACUGAAAAAGAAAAUUGGGCAAUAUUAGAGAAAAUUAGGAAGACUGAAAGGCAAGGCCAUUUAAAUGUGCUGCAGUGUCUGGGUCAGUGCAAGCUUCAGAUAGACUUAAGAAAGAGUUCAGGGACUUAUACAGAUCACAGAGUUAUAAGACAGGUUGACCCUGAUAGUCCUUUGCACAGUGAUCUUCAGAUCUUAAAAGAAAAAGAAGAGAUAGGAGACAUUUUGCUUAUGUUUUAAGUGUUCCUGACAUCUCAGAGGAUGGUGUCUUCUGGCUUACUCUGGGAAAUGCUGCUCUGUUGGAAAUCUGGAGUUCUAAGUGAUCCCCAUGCGUUUUCUGCUGCAGAGCAGGACAUGCUGAAGUGAUUCCUUCGUGAGCAGAUAUCAGAGGUCUCCCUUUGACAGCUUGUUACAAAGUUGAUCACAAAUAUACUAUUACGGGGAGUGGAAGUCCCAGGUUGGGUGUGAAGCAGAGUUGUUUAGAAUUGUGUACUAUUUUGUUACCUUUAAAUCUUUUCUAGGCUGUUUUGGUUUUGGCAGUAAAAUUGCUAUAAAAAGUACUUCUCUUGGCAUACAACCUAAUGGUCAGUUUUGGAAGUUCAGUGUUAGGUAACCCAGCCAAAUACUUACGUAUACAAAAUAAACACAAGACUGAAAAAUAGUAAAUGUUUAACCUUUGUGUCUCUUGCUCACUACAGCAGCCUUUAACUAGCCACCAAGCCAUAGUUCUUUUGUUUGUCAUAGUUGAAUUUCAAAAUGUCUUUUUAAUGAAGCCCUUCCUGAUUGGGGAGAAAGGACGACAUAAGUAUUGUGCUUUAGUUUUAUUUGCUGGUUUAUAAAAUUGUGUAUGUUGACUCAAUAUCCCCAUAAGCAUAGUGAAAGGAAAACAGGUCAUUUUUUGUUCAGAAUCUUAUUUUAGAAAAAAAAAAGAUCAAAGAAAAGAUUUGCAUAAAAAUCUGCAAAUUCAGGAUAAAUGUAUGAAAACAUUUUAAAAUGUGAUUAUAAAAUAGACCAGUAUAGCUUUUCAACAUUUGGUUGUAAGAAUCCCAAGAAUGUAAGUUUAUGAUCCUGGUAUACCACCUAGAAUCGAGACAAAUACAUGAGGUUAUGAAUCAUGCCAUUUUCAGUUUUAAAAUCUGUUACAUAGUUUCUUCAUUGAUUCUUUUUUGCCACAGUGUGUUAUGGUCCUCAUUAUUUGGAUGAAUAAUUUGAAUAAUAAGUCAGCUUGUGACUUACCUAAAUAAAUCUUCUGAUUCCUAGUAAAGUGUUUUUCAUUAUAUGAAAUGCCAGCUAUAUAAGAGGAGAUUAAAAGUACUACGAACUGUAAGUUCCGCAUUAACCAUGGGCCAGGCACGGUGGCACACACCUAUAAUCCCAGCACUUUGGGAAGCUGAGGCGGGUGGAUCACUUGAGGUCAGGAGUUCAAGACCAGCCUGGCCAAGAUGGUGAAACCCCAUCUCUACCAAAAAUCCAAAAAUUGCCAGAUGUGGUGGUGCAUACUGGUAAUCCCAGCUACUCAGGAGGCUGAGUCAGGAGAAUCGCUUGAACUCGGGAGGUGGAGAUUGCAGUGAGCUGAGAUCGUGCCACUGCGCUCCAGCCUGGGUGACAAAGAUAAACUGCAUCUGAACAAAAAAGAAAAAGAAAA